AUAAAGGAUCACCUUUAACCUUUAUAAUCUAGUUAGGUUAUGAUUUUUAAAGUUUGUUUAUAAACCUAUAGGUUUAAGUUAAUCUCGAUUGGCUUUAAUAAAUAAAGAUGGAUAAAAACCUAAUAAUCCCGAAAUAUCUAUUUGAAGAGUUCAGUUUAAAAGCCUGCUUAGAUGACGAUUAUAAUUCCGACGAUAGCUAUAACUGGGAGGAAGAGUUGCUGAUGGAGUUUCAGUGCGAGAUAUGCAUGAAUUACAUGUUUCCGCCGAUAAAACAGUGCGAGAUAGGGCACAGUUAUUGUCAGGAUUGUUUCGGUAAAGUUUCUUCGUGCCCGACGUGCAGCAGCCCUAAAAAAGACACAAGGAAUUUCGCUUUGGAGCAUAUUUUCGAAAAGCUAACUUUUCCCUGCAAGUAUGCAGAGGAAGGGUGCCUGUUCCAGGCCAAAGGCCCUUUGGUUGUGUCCCAUCAAAGUGAUUGUAGCUACAAAGCAACAGCAUGUCCUCUUAAUAGUCUUAAGCAGUGCGAGUGGGUGGGAAGUAAAUUUAACGUCGGCGCGCAUUUAAAAAAAAGUCACGACGACUUGAUUUUCAAAAACGAUUUUAACGUAAUCAUCUCGAACUUCAAGUGUUACAGCAGAACAGAGAAGUUUUGUUUGGUGCAUGCUUGGGGAGAGAUUUUUUAUUUUUCUCACGUUCUAACUAGCGGGUAUUUUAAAGCCCACAUUUUUCGCAUGACGAAGUUCACGAAUAACGAUUUUAAAUACGCGAUUAAUUUUUUUAAGGGGGAUACCCAAAAGAAAGUCAUUUCCGUCGAAGGGCCUUGUAAAUACAGGCCUACAGAUUUAAGUUCCGAUUUUCUGCCUUAUUUUAGUUGGGUCGUCAGUUAUUUAGCAGAAUUUCUCGAUGACGAUGAUUGCCUUCAUUCUUCAGUUCAAAUUUCGAUUGACAAUUAAGGAAAGCAAAUAUUGUUGAAUUCUAAAUGCCUUAGACCAUCGAAAUAUUUUGGUACUACUAAAUUAAAUAUUAAUAAAUAUAUUUUUUUAAUAAAAGCUUAA